AGUAUAAUACAACCUCGUCUCCAGGUUGUUUUUACAUUACAAUCAUACAUAAAGUGAAAUCAAUAAGUGAUACGGAUGUAACUAUAGUACAACCUCGUCUCCAGGUUGAUUUUCCAAUACAAUUAUAUCGUCGUGUUGAAAAAGUCAUUUAAAGUGUGUAUCAACCUUACAAGAUAGAUAGAGAAAGUUAAGUGGUACAAUUUUUUAUUAAUGUGCACAGAGUGUUAAAUAUUCAUGACCUAACUGCACAUUUUCUUUCUCGAUUCAUAUGUUUGUGAUUCAUUCAGCAACAUAGCAGGUGACUUGAAUUGAACUGUUCAAAUCACUGAACCAACACCUGUGAUCAAACGUUUGAAGAAAUAUAAAGACAUUAAAACAGAUGAACACAUUAGAACUGCUUUCACGAGAGGAAGAAAUAUUUAAUUUUUGUUUUUGAAUGAUGAGAGCAGCCCGUGUGUUUAAGUGUGGCCGCACUUCUCUGCAGAGAUCGAAAGAAACACGCAAUUCAUACAAGACAACUAAAUUGAAACAUGAGCUUAAGAAACUGGAAAGAAACGAUGUUAUAUUUGUCUUAGAUGAGCAGAAAGGUAACGCCGCUCGAAAAGUGUUGGAACUUCAUGGACGGCAAUAUCUGCAGAUCAGAGUAAACCGUGCUGACAAAACCAGUGGUAACCAGAUAACAUUAAAAAUCUGCUUCAACGUACACGAAGAUAUCUACAAAUAUCAGAAGUUGCUGCUCGGCGCGAUACACUUUUGUGACGAGGCCAUUCUUUUCCAUUCCCUUGAAAAACAUUUUAAAUCAAUUCAAACAAUUCUAUCUGACGCCAUGUUUUCCAACAAACCAAUAAGAUAUGAGCCUCUUGGUCGCCAUUUUGAAAUGAGCAAAGAGAUGACAGUACACCAUGUUGAAAACGUCACGGAGUCUUUGAAACAACAGCUCGAGAAAGAAGGAGGUUACGUCAUUGACUUGCUUCGAUUUAGCAACUGUCAGUUGAUGGAGACACAUAUGCACGCCAUGGAACAUUUAUUGAUGCAUGUCGCAAGAUUGGAUUUAACUGGCAACGAUGCAAUGUCGCCAAAAGCUCUUCAAGUUCUUUCACAUGACCUCUUAAAAGCAAAGACGGGGCUCAAGUCGUUAAAUUUGAGCUCUUGUAAUUUAACGGAUGCUCAUUUUGUACCGAUGCAGCCAUCUUUACACGUUGUAGAAGCCGUAGAUCUCAGCUACAAUGAGGAUUUGUCGCCACUAGCCAUGAAAAUGAUCACGGGCUCCACGCAAUUCGCUGAUGCUAACAUGAUGACACAUAAUUUAUCAUGUUUAAUUUUAAACGGUUGCAACUUAAGUGAUGAACACAUCAAACAGUUGUAUCGCUGCGUCAGUAGGUUGCAUACAUUAGAUUUGUCUGGUAACACCAAACUAACAUGUGUUGCCAUGAAGGUGCUAGCAGAUGCAAUCACCGAAUCAAAAGUAAACAAGCUAAAGGUUUUGAAAUUAGAGAAUUGUGGGAUACUACAACCUCAUAUUGAAAAUUUAAUGCAUUGCAUUUAUUUACUUCAACACCUUGAUCUUAGCUGGAACGUGUUUUCUUCGUCAUGCGUCCAGUUAAUAGCUGCUUCAAUACUAGUUGAUAAAGAUCGAAAAAUAGAGAGUUUAAACUUGACUGGCUGUGAGCUAGCAGAUGAUCAUUUGUCGCACGUCGUCGACUGCAUGACGGCUUUGCAGACACUACAUAUCGGAUACAACAGAGACGUCAGUUCACAUUCUGUGCAAUUAAUUUCUGAAAAAAUGGCCAGUAUUCAAAAGAAUUCAUUAAAGACGUUAACAUUAGCCGGUGUGAAGAUUAAAGAAGAUGAUAUAUCAAAACUUUUUAACUGUGCAAAACAAGGUUUACAGAACAUGGACUUGACGCAUUGCCAACUCAACAAUACACACAUUGCAAACAUGGCAGAGAAUAUCUCGUGUUUUACGCAACUGUACCUUUGUAACAAUCCUGAUCUAACAGACGUCUCUGCUAAAGUCAUAUCAGACGCUAUAACAAACAACAUUGAAAACGGAAGCCAUUUAAAGGUGCUUAGUUUUAAGAAGUGCCAGCUUAAAGAUGGAUUUAUUGAAUGCUUGGCACCCUGUUUAAAGCAUCUUGAAGUUCUGGACAUCAGCUAUAACCCAACGCUAACACCCUCUGCAAUGAAGAUCAUCUCAGAAAGUCUUUCCCCUCCUUCACAUCUUGCAGAGUUAAACAUUUCAGCAUCAGGCUUCAAAGACUCUCAUUUUGUGAAUUUAAACGGUUGUUAUGUGCGACUUGAAAAGCUGGAUAUAAGUGCUAAUAAUUUGACUUACAUCACUUUGCUAGCCAUUAAAAACGAUAUAGCCCAGUGCUCUCCACCUCAGCUGAAACUGAAAGAACUGAAAAUGUAUCAAGCAUUUUGCUUGCGUGAUUAUCAUUAUCGAAAAUUUGAGAAUGAACUGAAACCUUACCACGUUAAAGUAGAGAGUAUAUAACUGGCAUUGCUAAUUCUGUGCAAUGACUCUCUUGGCCUCUAAAAUAGUAAUCGAGACAUUAUACCUCGCUUCUCCAGGGUGUAUGUAAAUCAUAUUAUUUUGUGAAAACACAAAUGUACCAUAUAUUUGUUUAUAGGUAAGUGCGGGGAAAAAGUCGCGGUAAAAUUGAAUUCAAUUUGAAAUAUGGAGCUAUGCAAACACGACAUCUGCUUGCUCUGGAGGGCAACAAAAACAUUAAACUUGUUUACAACAGAAUUUUUUUUAUAAAAACCUAGUUUAUAAGGACAAUGAGAUUUCACUAAAAAUUAAGAGCAUAUAGAGAA